AUGGACCAUCCCACCACCGCAGUCGGCGACGAGGAUGCAGGACCGGGCGCAGAACUCCCUCCGUGGGCAAUCUGGUCCGCAGGUGUCUUUGCCUUCAGUGCCACCUUGAUCUCCUUGGUCGCUAUAUGGAUGCAGCUCAAGAACUAUAGGAAGCCGCUGCUGCAACGCUUUGUAGUCCGGAUCCUGUGGAUGGUCCCGAUUUUUGCAAUCUCGUCCUGGAUCUCACUGGUGUCUCAUGACAUUGCGUUCUAUGUCGAUGCCUUCCGCGAUAUCUACGAGGCGUUCGUGAUCUACUGUUUCUUCAGUCUACUGGUCUGUUACCUCGGUGGUGAGCGCGCGUUGCUGGUAAUGCUGCAUGGACGACCCUAUACGAGGCAUCUCUGGCCUGUCAGUAUGUGGUCCAAAGAAGUCGAUGUCGGUGAUCCGUACACGUUCUUGUUCAUCAAGCGCGGGAUUCUACAAUAUGUCUAUGUGAAGCCCGUGCUAGCGGCGGUGACGAUGCUGCUGAAAUCAAAUGGGGCCUAUAAUGAUGGAUCGAUCUCAUUGACCUCGGGAUACUUUUGGGUGUCGUUCGUGUACAACUUGAGCGUCUGUCUGAGUCUUUACUGUCUCGGCAUGUUCUUUAUGGCAACACAGGAUGACCUCGAGGAGUUCAGACCUAUCCCAAAGUUCUUGUGCGUCAAGGCGGUGAUUUUCUUUUCGUUCUGGCAAGGAUUUGCAAUCUCGGUACUGAUCUCCAUGGGCGUCAUGAGCAACACCACUCCGGACACUGCUGUUGCUAUACAGGAUUUCUUGAUCUGCUUCGAGAUGGUCUUUGCGUCUGUCGGACACUGGUACGCGUUUUCACACAAGGACUAUACAGAACUCGACAUCCUUUCUGCACGGAUGCCGAUCUACUACGCCGUGCGUGACGCCAGCGGGAUCAAGGACAUUAUCCAAGACUCACUCGAGACUCUCAAAGGCACGCGAUUCAACUACCGGACUUUUGAACCCUCGGAAGGUGUGGCGACACAGGGCAUGAGUCGUUCGGGACGGAUCAUGGCUGGACUUCGGUAUACAGGUGGAGGAACCGCCAAAUACUGGUUGCCGGAUACGAAUAAGAUC